AAGCUUUCUGCUGUCCAACGGACGCCCCUAAUAAUAAUAAACCCAUCCCCUAUCCAACGUCUGCAAGACUUGAACAACAAUAGAAAAAAAAAAAACACCUACCCCGCUAUAAAACACAGACCACCUUAAAUCUGCUAACAAAUCCCAAACAACCUCCAAUAAACUGUUUACCUACAUACAAAGCUCCAGCUCCGGAAACCGCAACAAUGGCCGACCACGAAGAUGAUCUCACCGCCACCAAGACAGAGGGCUUCAAGGUUGGCGAGAAGAAGACUAUCGAGGAGUACACGAAGCUCGACCAAAACGACGAAUCCCUCAACAGAUGGAAAGCCUCCCUAGGCCUGAAUGCAGGCGAACCCAUCGGUGACCCCAACGACCCCAGAAAAUGCAUCAUCAAAUCCCUCGCCCUGGAGGUGGAGGGACGGUCCGACGUCGUCAUUGAACUCACCGAGCCCGGUGCCCUGAGUUCCCUCAAGGACAAGCCGUUUACCAUCAAGGAGGGCGCUAGGUUCCGCAUCAAGGUUGUCUUCCAGGUUAACCAUGAGGUCCUGAGCGGUUUGAAGUAUCUCCAGGUUGUUAAGAGGAAGGGUAUUCGGGUUAGCAAGGAUGAGGAAAUGCUGGGUAGCUAUGCACCCAACACUACGGGUAAGCCGGUUUACGAGAAGAAGUUCAAUCCAGAGGAGGCACCCUCAGGCAUGAUCGCCCGCGGUCACUACAAUGCUGUUUCCAAGUUCGUCGACGACGACGACCAUACCCAUCUUCAGUUCGAGUGGUCUUUCGAUAUCGCAAAGGAUUGGUAGAAAGUUAGAAUCUUGAUUCCCUUUUGUUCGUCUAUUCUUUGCUUUGCUGGUUCCCGCCUCUUCUCCCCCCCUUCUCCCGGCGAAAUCGUCCCACCAACCGAAACAAAAGAUCAUUCCCCUGGAGCUAUAUUACGUGCAUCUCACUUGCACAUACCAUCUAUUGCCGCAUUCAUAGCGAGUCAUGAAUUCAGUUCAGUUUAGUUGUUG